AUGAAGUACAUUCACUCCCAGGAGUCCCUUGACAUCCCCCAGGAUGUCAAGGUUCACAUCAAGUCCCGCGUCGUCACCGUCGAGGGCCCCCGCGGCAAGCUGGUGAAGGAUCUCAGCCACUUGGCUGUCAACUUCUCUCAGCCCCAGAAGGGCACCAUCAACAUUGAGAUCCACCACGGCUCAAGAAAGAACGUUGCCACUCUCCGCACCGUCCGCACCCUCAUCAACAACCUGGUUGUCGGUGUCACCAAGGGCUACAAGUACAAGAUGCGCUACGUCUACGCCCAUUUCCCCAUCAACGUCAACGUUGAGAAGAACUCCGAGACUGGCCUGUACGAGGUUGAGAUCCGCAACUUCAUUGGUGAGAAGCUCGUCCGCCGCGUUGUGAUGCGCGCCGGUGUCGACGUCGAGGUCUCCAAGGCCCAGAAGGAUGAGCUCGUCCUCUCUGGCAACUCUCUCGAGGCCGUCUCCCAGUCUGCUGCCGACAUCCAGCAGAUCUGCAAGGUCCGCAACAAGGAUAUCCGUAAGUUCCUUGACGGUAUGUACGUCUCUGAGAAGGGCAACAUUGUCGAGGACCAGUAA